AUGCCGAGACCCUUACCAAACGGCAAAGGAUCACUAGCACAGAUUCUGAUAUCAACGUCGGAGUCACCGGAGUCAUUACACACUCCUAUACAUGUUGUGCUAGUCAUGGAUGGACUGAGAGCACUUACGCUGAAGCCACUUGAAUGGGUCCUCCGCAAUGUAGUCCUUGGGGCUAGUUGCACCAUUACCCUCCUUGGCGUAACACCUUGGCUUAAUAUUCCUCGUGAGUUCUCGUCUAAGACAUGGUCAGAGAUUUGGGCCAAGGAUCUUGAAGAUUUGUUGAGCAUAAAAGAGACACUGGAGUGGAAAAGUGACGUGAAGUACCAAAAGGUCCAACAAGUCAUAGAUCUUUGCCGAAAAUAUGGGGUGGUGCCGCAAAUGAGAACUGGAAGCGGGUACCCUUUGAACCUUCUUGUCAUUGAGCAAAUUACAAACCUUCAUCCGAAACUGGUAGUGUUUGAUAGGCACCAUCACAGGAAGUACAUAGAAUACUAUGCUGAGAGACUUCCAUGCAACAUAGUUGUAAUGAAGGAUGAUGGACAGGUUGACAUGAUCAAAGGCCGAUCCCAUGUUGAUGAUGUCGAGAGCACACCGGGAGAGUCACCGGCUACGUCAGCACAACGUAGUCCACUGUUGAUUCUUUCAGAUCAUUUGAAACAAAUUCUGAAGAUAGGAGGAGGAGCCAGGGAAAAAAAGGGAAAGGACCGGGAAGCCUCUCCGGGGGGGUAG